AUGAUCCAGCCGGACGAAGACAGCGUGCCAGACGAGGCAGCGCAAGUCCUAGCGCAGUUGACGAAGCACGAGCACGUGCGUGGAUGCGUUGCUCUUACGGCCGCCGACCAAAGAGUGAUUUGGAGUGGCGGCGUGACCUUUGCAUCAGAGGCGAAACUCGCACAGGUCGUGCAUUUUGUGCGAGACACGCUGGCUGUGGUGCAGAGACAUAUGGACAUACUCGAACCUGAUGAUGAUCUAGGGCUUAUGCGUAUACGAACCGGCAAGUAUGAACUUCUUAUCACGCCCAGCAAAUCCUAUCUCUUAGUGGUAAUGCAGGAUCCAUCACUUUAA